AUGUCGUUUUCCCGUCUGUUCUCCAGAUUAGCCUCGUCCAAGUUUGUCUUGCCCGUCGCAGCUGCCGCUGUUGGCUUGGCCUCGUACUCAUUCACCUCCUCCUCGUUCAUUGCCAACGAACCAAGCAAGGCCUUCAAGGGUGGUGACGAGUGGAUCGACUUGAAGUUGAUCUCAUCUCAUGACUUGUCCCACGACACCAAGCAUUUAGUAUUUGAGUUGCCCAACAAGGACGAUGUCUCUGGCUUGGUCACCGCUUCGCUCUUGAUGACGAAGUUUGUCACUCCCAAAGGUAGCAAUGUCAUCAGACCAUACACUCCUGUUUCCGACACUGAACAAGCUGGAACUAUCGACUUUGUCGUCAAGAAGUAUGAAGGCGGUAAAAUGUCCUCGCACAUCCAUGACUUGAAGCCAAACGACACCUUAUCGUUCAAGGGUCCCUUCGUCAAGUGGAAAUGGGAACCUAACCAGUUCAAGUCCAUUGCCUUGAUUGGCGGUGGUACCGGAAUCACUCCCUUGUACCAAUUGAUCCACGAAAUCACUAAGAACCCAGCUGACAAGACCCAGGUCUCGUUGUUUUACGGCUCCCAGACCCCAGACGACAUUUUGAUCAAGAAGGAAUUGGAUGCUCUCGCUGCUAAGCACAAAGACCAGGUCAAGAUCGUCUACUUUGUCGAUAAGGCUGAUGCUUCUUGGAAGGGUGAAACUGGCUACAUCUCCAAGGAAUUCUUGCAGAAGAACUUGCCAGCCCCAGGUCCUGACAACAAGAUCUUUGUCUGUGGUCCUCCACCUUUGUACAAGGCUGUUUCUGGUCCAAAGGUUUCUCCUACUGACCAAGGUGAACUCACUGGUUCCUUGGCUGAAUUGGGCUUCUCCAAGGAGAAUGUUUUCAAGUUCUAA